ACACGAUAAUACUUAAUUUUUGGAACUUGUUCGUUUUUACAAAGUUUUCGAGUUACUGACUUAGAAAGUUUUACUGAACAGUUCGAUGUACGGGUCAACGAUGGCUGGAUCGGCGCUCAGGCGACUUAUGGCAGAGUAUAAGCAGCUUACUUUAAACCCUCCAGAGGGUAUAAUAGCUGGUCCCAUAAAUGAAGAAAAUUUCUUCGAAUGGGAAGCCCUGAUUACGGGACCUGAAGGCACUUGUUUUGAAGGUGGCAUAUUUCCAGCAAAAUUGGUAUUUCCACCUGACUAUCCAUUGAGCCCUCCUAAAAUGCAAUUCAUCUGUGAAAUGUUUCAUCCUAACAUUUACGCAGAUGGAAGAGUCUGCAUUUCUAUUUUGCAUGCGCCUGGAGAUGAUCCAAUGGGUUAUGAAAGCAGUGCUGAGCGGUGGUCUCCAGUGCAGAGUGUAGAAAAAAUACUGCUCUCUGUAGUUAGCAUGCUAGCAGAGCCUAAUGACGAGAGCGGUGCUAACGUUGAUGCUGCCAAAAUGUGGAGAGAAGAUCGUGAACAAUUCAACAAAAUAGCAGAACGACUCGUUAGAAAAACGCUAGGUCUGCCCCCACCCUAAAAUGGUCGUACUACAGAAACACGAAUAUGAUAUUCAAAUUUAUUUCAUCAAAUAACUUUUAGUAUGAAUCUAAAUUCACAUAAAAAACUGAGACAAAAGUCUAAUUUACCAACUAUUUAUUAAACGUUUUUCUGAUGUUUAGAUGCAAUACAAUCAUAAUAUAUGUGUAGUUCAAGUAGAAUAUUUAAUAUAAUUAAUAAAAGUUACAUAUUGAAGCUUAAACCCUAUCUGUGCCAAAAACAUGGCAAAUCUUUCUGAAAUGGCUUAUACAUAAUAGUUUUUUUUUGUCAUUGUGACUUAAAUGUGUAUCUAUCUGUAUAAUUGUUAGAGUUAAAACCCAUUACAGUCAAAUGUAUUAUUUGACAACACUUUCGUUUACAAGUAUUAGCAUCCAAGAAAAAGUUGAUCAUUUGAUGGUGAAUUUUGUAUUUUAAUAAAUAUUAUUUUGUAUGUUAGUUCUAACUAGUUAUGAUUGAAGAAAAACUAGUUUUAAUGUAAAGUGCAAUCUCGGAGAGAUACCUGUGCGCAAAAUAGGCGAGAGACUGUCUGGUGACAUCCUUCAACGUGUUACUAUAUAGAUAACAAUACAUAUUAGUGAACAUUGCUCUCAGUCGAAAACAAAUUUGACUGAUUGAAUGAAUACAUUCAGUUUUUCCUAGAUAAAACUAGUAUUUAACUAACAUACAAAUUGAAGAAGACACAGAAAAGACCUGGAAGCCACGUUUUCGUAGAAUUUUACAUUCUAAUAUAACUGUGUAUCUAUUCGUUAACUAUCCGUUACCGAUAUAAUUAUUGAUUACGCAAAAGAAAAGGUAUUAGGAGAAUACAUACUUUCAAUUCGCGUUGUCACAAAAUGUCCAAGCAAAUUAUUAUCAGAUAUAAAUCUAUUUCCAUGUGGUUUUUUACGAAUUACCUAAAUAUAAAUUUUUUUACUGGGAACAACGCGUUGUACUGUUGACGGGUUUUAAGUGUA